AUGAGGAAGAAAGUGAACAGAUUGGAAAGAGUGAUUGGGGGAGACUGGAAUGAAAUAUUGCACAAAGAAGACAAAGUAGGAGGAAGAGAGAAGAGUAUAGAGGAGUUAGCAGAAUUCCAGAACUUUAUAGCUAGGAUGGGAGUGUAUGAGGUUUGUAUGCAAGGACACCAAUUCACCUGGUGCAAUAACAGAAGAGAUCAUAGUCUCCUUGUUCUAUAUGAUGAUGGGCUGAGUAGUAAUAAAAGAAAACCUAGGUUUCAGCUUGACAGUAGAUGGGUGUCUGAGGAAGGUUUGGAGGAGGUAGUUUCAAACACUUGGUCUUCUCUAGGUUCUGGGACUCCCAUGUUCAAUUUCAAAGAGAAAAUUAAGAAAACAAGAAUUGCCCUACUAAAGUGGAGUCAAGCUCUCAAAUCUGAAAAUGCUAAGAAGGUGGAACAACUGACAAUUGGGUUAGAGGAAAUAAAAGCUAAAGGAGGUGAAAAGAAUUGGGACUGUUUGGACAAGGUGAAAAGGGAGUUAGAGGAAGCUCAAUGCUCUGUGGAAGAAUUCUGGAGGCAACAAUCAAGGAACCAGUGGCUGACAAAUGGGAACAGAAAUACAAAGUUCUUCCAUGCCCUUACAAUGAAGAGAAGGAAAACAAAUGCAAUAAAAAGACUCGUGGUAGAAAAUGGAAAAGUUUGUGAGUCCAAGCAGGAUAUUGACAAAGCCAUUGUCAAUAUUACUCUGAGCUAUUCUCCUCUACUGGAAGUCAUGAUGAAGAGCAGAUUUUACAACUUAUCCCAUGUUCCAUCUCUGCUAGCCUUAACUAGGAGCUUGUGGCUGAUGUUGAUGAAGAGGAAAUUUAGAAUGCUCUAUUUAUCUUGA